AUGCCUGCAAAUUCAUCAGAUAUAGAAGAAUUGCAAGAAAAGAUGCCUGCAAAUUUACCAGAGGUAAAGGAAUUGCAGGAAAAGGUACCUGCAAAUUUAUCUGAGAUAAAGGAAUUGCUGGAGAAGAUAUCUGCAAAUUCGUCAGAGAUAGAAGUUUUGAAGAGGGAAGAGAUAGGGGAAUUAAAGGAACAGAUAUCUGCCAAUUCAGCAGAGAUAAAAGAUUUGAAGCGAGAAGAGAUAGAGAAAUUGAAGGAGACAGUAUAUAAAAAUUCAGGAGAGAUAGAAAACUUGAAGUUUAGGACUGACCUAAAACAAAUAUAUCAGAAGAUAUCUGCAAAUAAAAGCAUCAUAUUAGUUGUUGAGGACGAGAUAGCACAAUUUAAACGGAAGUCUGAUAAUUUUGAGUCCAAGGUACAAGCAAUGAAAUAUGAAUCUGAAGAGUUUGUGGGCAGUAUAGCAUACUUGCGAAAGAAGUCUACACAUUUUGAAAAUGAGAUAGACAGAUUGGACAGCAGAAUUACAGGAUUAAAUUGGUAUUAUCCUAGACCAUACUAA